UGUCCUGCUCGGGAGCGCGCGCGCAGGCGGGCGGGCGGGAGGCGGCAGCCGGCGGCGGCGGGCAGGGAGCUCUCUGCGGGCGCAGUGCUGAUCCACCGGCGGGCGGCUCGGGAAUGCGAAGCGAUGGCCGCGGGCGGCUCGGGCAGUAGCGGCGGAGGAAGCGGCGCGGAGGAGAAGAGCUACCGCCGCUUCCUCGAGCUGUUCUUGGGAGAGUUCCGCGGGCCCUUCGGGGCAGAGCCGGCGCCGGCUCCCCCCCCUCCGGCCGCCGACGCCGCCGACACCGCCGCUUCCGAGGAGGACCCCGGGGCUGAGGGAGAGGCGGCGGCCGCUGAGGCGGAGGAAGGAGACGCCGCGGACCCUCGGCCGCCCACCCCGCCGCCGCCCCCCCCGCCGCUGCCCCCGCUGCCCCGGCCGCUGUCGGAGUACAUCACGGAGGAGGAGGUGGAGGGCGAGUGCCUGGACCUCUGCCUGCAGCAGCUCUACAAGUAUAAUUGCCCUUCAUUUCUGGCUGCUGCUUUAGCUAGAGCAACUUCAGAUGAAGUCCUCCAGAGCGAUCUUUCAGCACUCUACUUACCAAAGCACGUGGACAACGCCGAUGGCAUUAUACAGAUUGAGACAGUGAAACUGGCCCGCUUAGUUUUUAGCAAACUCCAUGAGAUCUGCAGCAACUGGGUGAAAGAAUUCCCCCUCCAGCCGAAGCCACACCGCUACUAUGAGACGUCCAUCCACGCCAUCAAGAAUAUGCGGAGGAAAAUGGAAGACAAGCAUGUCUGCAUUCCAGACUUCAACAUGCUCUUCAACCUUGAGGACCAAGAAGAGCAAGCCUAUUUUGCGGUGUUUGACGGCCAUGGGGGAGUGGAUGCUGCCAUCUAUGCCUCCAUCCAUCUCCACGUGAACAUGGUGCACCAGGAGAUGUUUCAGCACGACCCGGCGGAGGCGCUGUGCCGAGCCUUCCGUGUGACGGAUGAGCGCUUUGUCCAGAAGGCAGCCAGAGAGAGCCUGCGUUGUGGAACCACUGGGGUGGUGACUUUCAUCCGAGGGAAUAUGUUGCAUGUGGCUUGGCUUGGGGACUCCCAGGUUAUGCUUGUGAGGAGAGGCCAAGCUGUGGAACUGAUGAAACCCCACAAACCAGACCGAGAGGAUGAGAAGAAACGCAUCGAGGCGCUUGGUGGCUGUGUGGUCUGGUUUGGAGCCUGGAGGGUGAAUGGGAGCCUGUCAGUCUCCAGAGCUAUUGGGGACGCUGAGCACAAGCCAUACAUCUGUGGGGACGCAGACUCUGCCUCCACUGUACUGGAUGGCUCUGAAGACUACCUCAUUUUAGCCUGCGAUGGUUUCUAUGACACGGUCAAUCCCGAUGAGGCAGUCAAAGUGGUGGCUGACCAUCUAAAGGAAAAUAAUGGUGACAGCAGCAUGGUAGCACAUAAAUUAGUGGCAUCUGCUCGGGAUGCCGGUUCCAGCGACAACAUUACUGUCAUUGUGGUAUUUCUCAGGGACAUGAAUGCAGCAGUCAGCGUUAGUGAGGAGUCGGACUGGACAGAGAACUCUUUUCAAGGUGGGCAAGAAGACAAUGGGGAGGAUAAGGAAAACCAUGGAGAAUGCAAGCGACCGUGGCCCCAGCACCAGUGCUCAGCACCUGCUGACCUAGGCUAUGAAGGACGAGUGGAUUCCUUCACUGAUAGAACUAGCUUAAGCAUAGGGUCCGGCAUUAACCCAUUCGAUGAUCAAGGCUAUUUAGACCUGACAAAAACAGAAACUAGUACGCCUAAUAGUGCCAAAUACCUGCCACCAAUUGAAGUGUUUAGUCCUGGUAUACCAAAGAAUGCAAGUUUGAUUAAUGGCUUGACAGUGAAGAACGAAUCACCAGAGAGCACAUCAUCAAUGUGCGGACAGAGCGACCCCAGGGAGUACAGCGCUCCUCUUGGUUUGCGUGCUGCAGAGCGGAGCAUCUACAGGGUGAAGGGUUUAACCCCCAUCUCCUUUGGGCUGGAAGACGAACUGUUCAAGUCCUUGGGAAAACGAGUUGCAUUCUUUCAUUUCCGAUUCUGUUCUGGGAAGAGGCGACGAGGAGCCAGGCUCAAACCAAAGUUUCACACGCCGCUCUUGGCUCGCGAGCCUUCCCACACUGAGGGGUCGGCUCUGCCCUCGCCUGUCCGAAGCCGUGGUAGCACGAGGCUGUUGGUCAGACACUCCCCGUGGUGGAGGCUGCCCAGUGCUACCGCUUACAGUGAGGGCAUGUUUUUGACGCGAAGACAAAGUCAUUGUAUACCAGACGCGUACCUUCAUCAAUGCUGUAAGAUGUAACUGUCUC